AUGUUCCGUCAAGCAUUGAGAACCGCACAGCACGCGCGGGCCGGCGCCAGGCUCAGCACCAGGCUCAACUCCACGUCGCUGGCCGUGGCCGAGAUCUCGGACUUGGCCCACUUCACCCGCAUAAUCAACAACAAGAAAAAGGUGUCUGUGGUGGACUUCUACGCCACGUGGUGCGGCCCGUGCAAGGCCAUUGCGCCCAUUUUCGACGCGUUGGCCCAGAAAGUCCCGGAGGCCGGGUUUGCCCGUGUGGACGUCGACCGGGCCGAGGACGUGGCGCGGGAGUACGGCAUCACGGCCAUGCCCACGAUUCUUUUUUUCCAGGACGGCGAGAAGGUGAGCACGAUUGUGGGCGCCAAUGUGCCGCAGUUGUUGAAGACCAUCCAGGAGUACUCGGGCGUGGACGUCAAGCUGAGAUAG